CGUCACGUGUGAAAAGAGGAGGAAGACAGAAAAGCCCGAGAAAUGGCGACUCCAUGAUCUGUCGUCGUCUGGGGUGACUCGAACUGGACACCUGAAGUGGCUGGUCCAUCAUACUCAUUUCAAUGACCACGACUUGUAGUUAUUGUUUGAAAUCCAAAAGGAUUACUUAAACUUGGAAAUGGCUGCAAACAUGUAUAGAGUUGGUGAUUAUGUCUUUUUUGAGACAUCGUCGACAACUCCUUAUCAAAUAAGAAGGAUAGAAGAAUUAAACAAGACUCCAAACGGCAAUGUCGAAGCCAAAGUUGUAUGUUUCUACCGACGACGGGAUAUUUCAAGUUCUCUUACACUUCUUGCCGACAAACAUCAAACUGACAGUGACUGCUUGGAUGAUGCUGAACUGGAAUCUAAACUGGAUGAAGUGGGUGACAAACAGAAACACCAGCUGAAGCACAGGGAGCUUUUUCUGUCACGUCAAGUGGAGACCCUCCCCGCAACUCAUAUACGAGGAAAAUGUACUGUCACUCUUCUAAAUGAAACAGAGUCCCUGCUUUCCUAUUUAAAUAAAGAUGACACAUUUUUCUACUCCUUGGUAUAUGAUCCACAACAGAAAACUUUACUUGCUGACAAGGGUGAAAUUCGAGUUGGCUCUCGUUACCAAGCUGAAGUGCCAGAUAAGCCAUUAGAAGGAGAAGACACAGAAAAUAGAAAGAUGGAAGACUUAGAAGAUUUAAUUUGGACACCAGAAAAUGGGCUAGCAGAUAGACAAAUUGACCAGUUUUUAAUUAUAUCCAGAUCUGUAGGGACUUUUGCAAGAGCUUUGGAUUGUACAAGCACAGUUCGACAGCCAAGCCUUCACAUGAGUGCAGCAGCAGCUUCAAGAGACAUAACUCUUUUCCAUGCCAUGGACACACUGCACAAGUCAGCGUAUGAACUAUCUAAGGCCUAUGCUAGUCUUGUUCCAACGGGAGGACCUAUGCUAUGUCGAGACGAGAUGGAGGAGUGGUCAGCAUCCGAGGCCAAUCUGUUUGAGGAGGCUCUAGAUAAAUAUGGCAAAGACUUCAAUGACAUUCGUCAAGAUUUUCUUCCAUGGAAAUCUUUGAAAAGCAUUGUGGAAUAUUACUACAUGUGGAAGACGACAGAUCGCUAUGUCCAGCAGAAAAGAAUCAAAGCAGCUGAGGCAGAAAGCAAACUGAAACAAGUGUACAUUCCCAACUAUAACAAGCCUAAUCCAGCAGCCAUUAAUGGUAAAAUGAAUGGAGUGGAUGGCCAAGUGUCGGGAAGAGCUUGUGAGAGCUGUUAUGCUGCCCACUCUUCCCAGUGGUAUUCCUGGGGACCUGCCCACAUGCAGUGUAGGCUAUGUUCCUCCUGUUGGAUCUACUGGAAGAAAUAUGGAGGACUGAAGAUGCCAACAAGAUUGGACGGAGAACGACCAACACCAAACCAGCGACAAGAGAGAAUAGCGGCCCAGAUAAACUCAAUGAGAAUGCAUAGGUGCACCAUAGCUGGCUGUGGAAAGGAAUUCCGUCUGAAAGCUCAUUUAGCAAGGCAUCUUGCCACAGCUCAUGGCUUAGUGGUGCGUUCAGGUAGCCCAAGACCUGUAAUGAAAACCAGAGCAGCUUUUUGUCUGAUCACAACGCCACUCACUCGCAUCUCCAGGCGUCUGUGUAAAGAUAUCCUAAACCCACGGAGAGCUGCUCGCUCACCAUUCAUACCUGUCAACAUAGCAGCCAUCAAGCAGGAAUGCCAACUUCGACUGACAGAAGUAGAAGACUAUGUGCCAAACAUCAAACUAAGGAGUCCAGCUACCCUGGAGCCAGUUGUGGCUCGACUGGGAAUCAACAUUAAAAUGGACAAGCCUCCCUUGCUACACAAGUCAGAAAAUGAUCAUAAAAAACCAGAGAAAAUCUUCUUUCCUCCAUCUGCCUCACAACCUCAAUUCAGAGCACACACCCCGAGUCCUUCCAAGCUUACCACAGGCUCUCCCUCCAUCAUGAAAAAGAGAGGCUAUGAACAAGCAAAUGGUGUAGAUGGACCAGUAGCCAAGCGUCCAAACAUGGGUGUUAUACGACAGAUUGGAUCAUCCAUGAGGUCUCAAGUUAGAGGUAAUUUAAUGAAUCACAACAUGAAUGGGCGUGGCAAAGCGAUGGGGGUCCGGGGAAUGAGAAUGCAAAUGAUCAACUGGUUGGAUGCCCCAGAUGACGUGUAUUUUGUGGCAACCGACGCCACCAGGAAGCUCAGGAAACAGCUGCAGCCCCAGGAUUUCAAGAGAACGGCCAGAAAUCCGUGGCGGAGUGUGCUAAUUAAACCACCGAUAAUGGGAGGAGACUCGGAAGUUGUGGUGCUCGAUUGACAAGGACAUGUACUAAUAAUGGACAGAAGUGUUUCUUUCUAGAAAGUAGCCAAACAUUUAACAUCUUGCAAUAGGAAGGAAAUCCAUUGUGAUGCUGUCAGAUUUAGACGGUUGCUUUAAAUAGCUCAACAGCUUAGCAAAAAGAAAAUCGGAGACUGAAGUCCAAGAAAUAUUAAAGCAAUACCAAGUAUAACUUCCCUCAAGGGCAGAAAGAGUUGUCAGUAUUAUGAUAAUGAGGAACUAUGUGAUCCUGACACUUAAUUGAGUUUCUGGGUUGGAGAUUAAGCCUCUGUACAGAUGAUGUAAAUUAUUAACAAAAUUGUAAAUAAAAAACAAAAAAAGGAUGUGGGCAAUUGUUCCCGUAGUUUGGUCUGGAUGAUUGAGUGAAUUUUUGUACCUAAUUUUCUAUUUCCUUUUUUGUACUUGAUUUUUUUUUCUUCAGAAGAUGUUCUGCCUCUAGAUCUUUAGUGUUCUCCAAUCAGGGAAGUUGAGUGUUGAGACUAGGAUAAUUUAUUUUGUGUUGACGUGACUAUUGUGUUCAUCAUUCAAUGAUGUUUUUUUUUUGUACAGUACUGAAGUAAAAUGCUUUCAUGUCAAACAUCUUUUAGUCCUUCCUGCUACAUUUUCACAUCAAAGUGGACGACAAAAUUGCCAUCUGCAUCAUUUAAUUUAUUUAUUGUUGGUUUAUAUUCAUUUAAUGUUUGGUACUCAUAUCCAUUACUCUUUUCUCAUUAAAGAAACGAACUUGUUUUGUCUUGCAUAUUAUUGCAUGAAAUAAACAAUACAUGUGUAAUUUUCAUACAUGUGUAAUUUUUUCCAGAAAUAAAAUGACUGCAAACA